AUGCAGCCAAUUCUAACCGCUGGUGGUUCCAGCAAACCGUCAGACUCGUCUGGUCCUGAGCCACAACUGCACCCCUGUGUGGACGCUGCAUGUGAUCUGCUGCUGCCACGUUUUGCUACCUAUUGCAGCACGAAACAAGGUCAGGACUUAUUUGGUGUGCCACCCCGUUUGGAUAAACUGCUGUCCACUCUACCCGAGGAUUUGGCACAAAUCCGUGAGACUCUGGCAUCCGAUUGGUUGGACAAUCCCUCCGACGGGACCGCGGAAGUCUCGUCUCGUCGUUGGAACACAUUGCGUGCCUUCCUUACCGAACGUGGCCGAAUGAAUGUACUCAAACAACUUGUUCUAACCUACACUUAUCCUCGACUCGAUGUCAACGUAUCUACCAGUGAGUGUGGCGAAUUCGGUCCGUUGUAG